CGCUCUCCCGCAGCGUCCACAGCAGCGUAAGCUAGUUGGGCUCGAGCCGAGAAUACCUGCCAACACAGUACUCACGCCUUCAACUAACGCUCCCACGCGACACCGCGCGCCAAAACAUGGGCAUUACUGCGCCGGCCAAAGUUCUAGAAGUCGAAGUAGUCGCCGAUGGCGCGCCCGAGGCGAUUCUUGACGUCUGCAUGGGCAACUUCGGUUUCGUCGCGGGUCGAUGGUCCCAUCUGCUCCAUGGCAAGUACGAGGUCCGUUUCGAUCUUGGUGAUGCAUUCUUGCCACUCAUAGCCUUUGGCGUCCGUCUUGGACUUGAGGUCAGAUGCCGGGAUGCUGUUGAGAACGCCCUGGGUCUCAUGGACCGUGGUGAUGAUGGACCGCAAGCUCGAAAAGAGAUCGUCAACGCCAUGCUUGUUCUGUCGUCCAAUCAAAACAGGAAACGGGCUAUUAAGUCCGAUAACGCGGAAACAGUAGAUGUAUCUGCGAUAGGCUGUGCACUGCGGGUGGAUGGAUUUAAACAGGCUGAGAACAGGGGAAAUCUUCCUGAGGUUGGGAUGGAUGCGCACGUGAGAGCGUGCACCCCGCAAUCCAUUUUGGGAAAUCAGCUGCCCCCGCGCCCGCGAAAAAUUGCUGCAGCCACGCAUCGAAUGGGGCGAAAUGGAGACCGGUGCGCCCAAUGCACGCUGGGCAGAAAAGAAAUAGCCAGAGGUUGAUGAUAGACGUUGCCUGCCGUUUGCAUUGACCUAGGCAUGACCCUCAAGAACGACUCAGGCUGGGAUCCUGUGAGCCGCGUUCCGCGGCGUCCCCGAUGGCCUCGU